AUGGAGACCGCCAAGAACGCCGUCAACUACGUCGCCGAGACCGUCCAGGGUACUGGUGCCCAGGCUUCCAAGGAGGCCAACAAGGAGGUUGCCAAGGACAGCAAUGCCAACGUUACCACCCGCGCCAGCGCUGCCAAGGAUGCCCUUGGGGACAAGAAGGACCAAUUCACCCACGACACCAAAGCCGAUGUCCACAAGGAGGCCGCUCAGAAGUAA